AGUUACAUGUACUCCAGAGAAUAAGUGGCUGUAAGCUGGAAAAACUUCCUAAUGGAACAGUAAAGAGUCUGAAGGCCUUUGAUGAAGUUGCAUAUGAUGGAAUGGAUUUUAUUACCUUAAAGUAUGACCUUCUUCCAUGGAUGGAUAAAGUCACAAAAACCAAAAUGGAUCAUCAAACUGGACGAAACCCAUUCCUCAGAGAUUUCCUCAGAAACUGCUCUAAGUGGAUCUCCACAUUUAACAACACAUUUAAGAAGAAACACUUCCUCAGCUACAAGUUUACAGCCGAUUGCAAAGCAAACACACACCCUGUGUUCAAAGCUGUGUGUGUGUGUGAUGGCAGAGAGAUUGCUCAAUACAGUAAUGAAGAAAGAGUCUGGAUAAGAUCGAGUCUGACUGCAGAUGACUGGAUCAAAGCUCCUGCAGAACCACCUGAGUCUAGAGAGUGGUUCAUGCAUCAGUUAAACACGCUGUCAAACUGCUCAGACUCACAGUGUUCUGAGCUCCAUGUUCUUCAGAGAAUAACUGGUUGUGAACUGGAGAAACUUCCUGAUGGAACAGUGAAUCUGACAGUGUUUGACGAAUAUGGAUUUGAUGGAGAGGAUUUCAUUGUCUUUAAUUCUGACGCUCUGCAGUGGAUUGAUAAAAACCCCAAAGCUAAAGAAACUAAAAGGGAAUGGGAUCAACAAACAGAACGAAACCAACUCCUGCAGCAUUACCUCAAGACCUGCAUGCACUGGAUCUCCACAUGUAAUAACACUAAAAAGACUCCACCAGAUGUUCAUGUGUUUGUGAAGAAAGCUCCUGAUGAUCAAAGCAAGCUGGUUCUGAGCUGUCUGGCCACUGGUUUCUACCCCAGAGAUGUUGAGAUGAACAUCAGAUUGGACGAAACUGUUCUUGAGAACCAAACAUCAUCUGGAAUCAGACCAAAUGCUGAUGAAACCUUUCAGAUGAGAUCCAGUGUGGAGACUGAUGCAGCUUACUAA